CAGGAAGACUGGAGAAGAGAAGAGAACAAAAAGCAACUUCAGGAUGGGAGCCAGUAAAUUACUUGCAACCUGUAGCCAGAAUCAAAACCCAAGUUUCUCAUGCCUGAGGAUCGAAAGGAGAAAAAAGAAAAUCUUCUACUCAACCCUGAGAGGACUACUAAGGUCUUAACAAAGACAAGCCACUCACAGGGACAGGAUCAAGCUUUGAGUAAGACCACAGGGUCACCAACAAAUGAGUCCGUUGAAAAACAUCAAGGAGCUAAGACUCUUUUCAAGAAGUUCAGCAAAAUGAAUUGGCCACUGGACAUUCACCCUUUAAACAAAAGUUUAGUCAAAGAUAAUAAAUGGAAGAAAACUGAUGAGACCCAAGAGAAACGCAGGUCUUUCCUUCAAGAGUUUUGCAAGAAGUACGGUGGGGUGAGUCAUCCUCAAUCACAACUUUUUCAUAUGGUAUCCAGAAUCUAUGUAGAAGACAAACACAAAAUCUUAUACUGUGAGGUGCCAAAGGCUGGAUGUUCCAACUGGAAAAGAAUUCUGAUGGUACUAAAUGGGUUGGCACCCUUUGCAUACAACAUCUCCCAUGAUGCUGUCCACUAUGGGAAGCAUUUGAAGAAGCUAGAUAGCUUUGACUUAAAAGGCAUAUAUACUCGUCUAAAUACCUACACAAAAGCUGUGUUUGUUCGUGAUCCCAUGGAAAGAUUAGUAUCAGCAUUUAGGGACAAAUUUGAACACCCCAAUAGUUAUUACCAUCCAGUAUUUGGAAAGGCAAUUAUAAAGAAAUACCGACCAAAUGCCUGCAAAGAAGCAUUAAUUAAUGGAUCUGGAGUCAAAUUCAAAGAGUUUGUCCACUAUCUCCUGGAUUCCCACCGUCCUGUAGGGAUGGACAUCCACUGGGAAAAGGUCAGCAAACUCUGCUAUCCGUGUUUGAUCAACUACGAUUUUGUAGGGAAAUUUGAAACUUUGGAAGAAGAUGCCAAUUACUUUUUGCAGUUGAUUGGUGCUCCAACAGAGCUGAAAUUUCCCAACUUUAAGGAUAGGCACUCUUCCGAUGAAAGAACCAAUGCCCAAGUCGUGAGACAGUAUUUAAAGGAUCUGACUAGAACUGAGAGACAAUUAAUCUAUGACUUUUAUUACUUGGACUAUUUGAUGUUUAAUUAUACAACUCCAUUUUGACAGUUCUCAUUCAUUUUCUAAAGCCCUGUAUUUACUUAAGAAUGAUGAGUUCAAAUCAGCUACUGUAAUUUUCCUGUAAUUCUCUGUAAGAGAGAAAUUUAAAUAAUGGCAGUUGUCUUGACUUAAUGAAGAUUUUUACCAAAUAGUAUGACACCAAUUGGUACAAAGUUAUGGGAAAGUCACCUAAAGGAGACAUGUAAACAACUUGAGUUGCUCUAAAAUGUUUGGAAAGAGCUGCUUUUGCAUUAUGGAUACUAUUGUUGAAGCAAUAACCUAGCCAGCGGUUACAUUAGCUAAAACAGCCUCUUGAGAUGAUAGGAAAAGGAUCUAAAUAGCAUGAGUGUAUGUCUAUGUCCUGGAAUUUACUGUCUAAAGUGCAUGAAUAUAUUUUUGGCCAUCUAUGGCAUAGUAAUCAAAACAUUGGCUAGUUUUCUUACACCCUGGAAAUCUUCCUAUUAACUGUAAUGAUAAAUCCACUUUGAAAUGACACUUUGGACUUAGUCAUUUUACUUUAGAUUGGAAGGCAUUAUGUGAUUUACAGUAUGAGACUAUAGCAGAAAAACCAGAUGAGGCUACAGCUUUUUAUAUUCAACAGCCAAUAAAAAAUGCACAACAUGCUAAGAUCAAAGCAA